CUUGGAUCGUUAUCAGCUGUUAUCUGGUGAAAGGGAAGAAGAUACGUAACUUUUAUUUACAAAUUGCAGCCAUGAAAGUUCCACCAAUUCGCCCAUUCCUUAGGCUCACAACAAAGCGUACGGCGGUCUCAAGCACAGGCAACCAGGUGCGAAUUGUGGAGGUGGGUCCAAGGGAUGGUCUCCAAAACGAACCCAAACUGCUGCCGGCAGCCACCAAAAUCGAGCUGAUCAAUCAAUUGUCCGAAACGGGACUGCGGACCAUAGAGGCCACCAGCUUUGUGAGCGCCAAAUGGGUGCCCCAGAUGGGUGACAAUGCGGAGGUGCUGAGAGGCAUCCGCAAGGUGGCCGGGAUCAGCUAUCCGGUGCUUACGCCCAAUCUAAAGGGAUUCGAGAGUGCUCUGGAGGCGGGAGCCGAGGAGGUGGCUGUCUUUGGAGCCGCAUCGGAUGCGUUUUCCCUGAAGAACGUCAAUUGCACGGCAGCAGAGGCUAUUGAACGCUUCAAGCCUGUGCUAAAGGCAGCCGAAAAGCAUGGAGUUCGUGUCCGGGGAUAUGUAUCCACCGUCGUAGGCUGCCCGUAUGAGGGAGCCGUUGCGCCAAAAGCCGUGGUCAAAGUGGUGGAAGCCCUGCAUCAAAUGGGUUGCUACGAAAUCUCCCUGGGCGAUACCAUCGGAGUUGGCACUCCAGGUUCAAUGCGCCGUAUGCUGGACGAGGUAACCAAGGCUGUUCCGGCCAAGAAUCUGGCCGUGCAUUGCCAUGACACUUACGGCCAGGCACUGAGCAACAUACUGGUCUCCCUGGACUACGGCAUUCGGGUGGUUGACUCCUCGGUUUCUGGCCUGGGCGGCUGCCCCUAUGCCAAGGGAGCAUCUGGCAACGCAGCCACUGAGGAUGUGGUCUACUUGCUACAUGGCAUGGGUCUUGAUACAGGCGUCAGUCUGGACAAACUCAUUCAAGUGGGCCGCUACAUUUGCAACGAACUGGGCAGGCAGUCCGAGUCCAAGGUCAAUCGGGCCUGGAAGGGUCCUCAGCCGCGAACCCAGUGAUGUUGGUCCUUAAUCCUGCUACCUCUAACGAAACGAAAACGAAGGCAUUUACUAGCACCUAGUUAUACAAUACAUUUAUUAUUAUUGUUCCAAUAUUAA